AUUAAUUGUCAGGCGUCGGGUCGCACGAACAUGACGGCCCUAUUUUCAUAUUAAUUUUCAUUUCAGGAUUUUAAUCGGGAAAAUACCCUAAAUAUGUCACUGCAAGCGUAAAUAUUUUUUAAUUUCUCUCAGGCAGGGAAAAAAAAGCCCACCGCUACACACUCCUCGGAUGGUGUCAUGGCGGCGCAGAUGGCGGUAAAUUCGGGAGCCAGUCUGUGGGUGCCACUGAAGGAGCUAUGGGAGACCGUAGAGGGGGCUGUGUUAAGAAGACAACCAGAGAGCUUUCAUCUGCUCGACCUGCAGUUGAAAAAACACAAACCACACUUUCUGUCCCUCUUUAAGAAUCCGCCAAAAAGUGCAGAGCAGAGAGAGAAGGUGCGCAAAGCCAGCACAGAAGGCAUCGCCAUUCAAGGUCAGCAGGGAUCGCGACUGCUUCAAGAGCAACUGCUUUCAGAGGCCUUCAUCCUCAGCGACUUGUUUGAUAUUGGAGAGCUAGCAGCUCUGGAGCUGUUGCUAGCAGGCGAACAGCAGCAGUCCCACUUUCCAGGUUUGACACGCGGGCUGGUGGCAGUGCUCCUCUAUUGGGAUGGCAAGCUUUGUGUGGCCAACUCUCUGCGAACACUUAUCCAGUCACGUCAUGGCAAGACCUUCACCCUGGACUUAAGUGGAGAGCUUGUUUCUUUGACGACAAACUUCACUGAUGAACUAAUGAGCCAGGGGUUGAUGAAACGCAUCUUAACAUUGGUGAACGAGAUAAAUCUGACACGAGAGUUUGAACGGCUGCAAAAGGAACGCGGCUUAGGAAAUGAAAAGCACAGGAAGCAGGUUUCUGACCUCAUCAAAGAAUGUCGUCAGGCCCUUGUGGACAGCCUGUUUGCAUGGACCUGUCAAUCACCUCUGACCAAAGACGAUACGCUGACUCUAAUUGGCCAUUUGGAGACUGUGACGGCUCAAGCCAAUGGCUCACUGGACAGUGUGAAUCUGGCUCUGGUCAUGGCACUUUUGUACUGUAUGGAUGUUAGUUUCAUCGAGCAGGGGACAGAAGAUAGGGACGACCUUCUUCAGACGCUUCCGCUGCUAACGGAGAGACAGUACGUGUCUGCAGUGCACAGUCGUUUGAUGGACAGUCAGCCAUGGAAGCUUCCAGGUUUGCAGGCUGUGUGUCGCCUGGCCUGGUCGCUCUCCCUAAGGGUCCUGUCCCAGCUGCCACAGGGUGCAGCCUUGGUGGAGUUCACUGAAGCAGACGAAGCUCUGGCAGACCAGGCUGUCUUGGGAGACGUUUUCCUCUUCUUUAAAGAGGGCAUGCUCGAUUGUGAGGGUUUUUUCCUGGAAGAAUUUUACAUUCGCCGCCUCCACUCACUUAUCACAGAUUUUCUGGCUCUAAUGCCAAUGAAGGUGAAGCAGCUCCGCAACCGAGCGGAUGAGGAUGCCCGCUUAGUGCACAUGUCCCUACAGAUGGAGAAUGAGCCACCAUCGUCAUUACGCAAGGACUUGGACCACCUCAUGAUGCUUAUUGCAGUGUUUUACGAUAAGGAUCCAUUUGGCUUAGAGUUGGGUCUGGAAUUCUGGUGUCCCACAGAGUCUCUACAGCACACUUCACUACAAGGAUCUUACCUGGGAAUGGCAAUGCAGAGGCCACCACAUAAACAGGUUGUUCUGUCCAAGUUUGUGCGUCAAACGGGAGACCUUCUGCCCUCCACGCUCUAUAUCUCUUAUCUCCGAAUGCUAAAAGGCCUUGCCAAUGGUCCUCAGUGUGCCCACUACUGUUUCAGCCUGCUUAAAACAAAUGGCGCUACACACAGUGAUAAUCUCCAAGGAGUAUCGGGCAGUCCAGUGUCAUGGGAGCAUUUUUUCCACUCUCUAAUGCUCUACCAUGAAAAUUUACGUAGAGACCUACCAAACCCAGAUGCAACGCAAUAUCGCCACCCGCCUCUGCGGGGUAUCACUCAAAGAGAACUGGAAGGACUUACCUCAUUUUUGCAAUUACUCACUACAAUCAUUACAUGGAGUGAAAAUGCUCGCCUGGCAUUAUGUGAGCAUCCCCAGUGGACCCCUGUUGUGGUGAUGUUGGGCUUACUGCAGUGUAGCGUUCCGCCCGUUCUUAAAGCUGAGCUGCUUCACUGCCUGGCUGCCUUUGGGAAAUCACCUGAAAUCGCAGCUUCACUGUGGCAGUCGCUGGAGUACACACAGAUCCUUCAGACGGUGCGUGCCCCAGGACAAAAACUGGCUGCAGGAAUUGAGGUGGAGUUAAAUGAGAUCGAGUCCAGCUGUGAGGAGUACCCUCUGACCCGAGGCUUCUGUCAUCUGAUCAGCACACUGGUGGAAAGCAGCCUCCCCCUUAAUUUGGGUGCAGGGCUGCGUGUGCCAGGCUUUCAGCCAUACCUUGACUUCUUGCGUGAUUCUGUUUUUCUGGCUUUUCCCACCAGAGCAUACCGACGUCCUGCUGAGAAGUGGGAAGUAGCUGAUGCUACCCUGGAAGUGUUCCACAAGCUGCUGCGGGACUAUGAGCCGCAGCCAUCAGACUUUGUUCAGGAGAUGGUGGAGCUGCAGGGCGAGCAGGUCCCAGCCCACAAGCCACCAGGCCACAGCAUCAUGUUCCACCUCCUUAAUGACUCGCCCAUGUUGGCGCUCUGCCUUAGUGUACUGGAGGAAGGUGCACGACAGCUGGACACCUAUGCCCUCUUCCCCGGUAAAAAGCACCUGGAGUCUGCUGUGCUGCACUGCCUCUGCCUGCUGGACUUGGCCCUGCAGAAGGAAAUGAUGUUCAUGGACCUCCUGAGAGAGAGCCAGGCCUCCUUGCUGGUUUCCCCAUUGGAGCAGCUCUUGCAGGGUGUCAGUCCUCAAACCCGCAGAGCAGAUCACAUCGUCAAUGUGGCCAGGUAUUUAUACCACAACGACUCCAACCCUGAGGCAGCCUUCCAGAGUGCCAAGAUCUUGCGUCGCAUUGCCAACUACCCAAACAUUCAAGUUAGGCUUGUCGGGGAUUUCACGCAUGACCAGACUGUUAGUGAGAAGCUGAUGGCAGGUUUUGUGGAAUGCCUGGAAAAUGAAGAAGCAGAAGAAGAAACGGAAACAGAAAAUGACUCCGAUUCACAAAAGAAGAUGACACGAAUAAGACAUGAAACCCAGAUUCAUAUCCUAAACCUGCUCAUAACCUCUCUGGAGCUGAAGACCCCCAAUCUUGCGUUGUAUCUGCUGGGUUAUGAAGUCAAGAAGCCUGUGUCUACCACCAACCUGCAGGACCAAGGUGUAUUGGGAUGCCCUCGGAGCUGUCUGCACGCCAUCCUCAGUCUUCUGCAGAGAGGCACUGAGAAGCGAUCUGGACCUGUGCUCACUCAGAAUGCACCACACCUGGCUGAGCUUUGCUACCAGGUGAUCUACCAACUGUGUGCCUCCUCUGAAACAUCUGGACCCACCAUGCGCUAUUUGAGGACCAGCCAGGACUUCCUGUUCUCUCAUUUGCAGCAUUUGCCUUUCAUUUUGCCUGGGGACCAGAUUGCUGCGCUGUCCCAGAUGUCUUGGCUCAUGAAAACAGCUGCCAUUGAGUUGCGGGUGACAUCACUGAACCGCCAGCGUUCACAUACGCAACGCCUAAUCAACCUGCUGCUCGAUGACCAGCCACACUUACAGCAUGCAGCUGAAGGAGAAUGUGGCAUGGAGGAAGAGACCAGAUCAGUCAGUGGUUUCUUACAUUUUGACUCCGUUUCUAAAGUACGCAGAAAGUUGCUGAGUGUGUUGGACGCCAUCGACUUCAGUCAAGAUGUACCUGAGCUGCUGCAGCUAGACUUUUUUGAGCGCACUCAGAUAGAGCAAGUGAUCUCCAACUGCGAACACAUCAACGAGCAUGGGCACACUGUGUGCAAUGUUAAGUUGCUCCACAGAGUGCUGGUUGCUGAGGUGAAUGCACUGCAAGGGAUGGCAGCCAUUGGUCAAAGACCCCUCCUAAUGGAGGAGGUGAACUCCAUCUUGCAGCAAGUGGUUGAGCGUAACCGUGUUCGUCGGAGUCUGAGUGCAAAGAGACAUGCGCUUCAGUCCUGGAGGAGCCUGGUGGAGACACUGCUGACCGCCUGCCCUGCAGAUGUUAUAGCAGUGGAAGACAGACAGCUCAUCAUCAGAGACCUGCUGCUGGAUCUGCAUGACAAGGUUUUAUCUGAGGAUGCAGCAGGAGAACUGAUGCCUAUUGUCGCUGGGGCCGUCUUCACCCUGACCGCUCACCUCAGCCAAUCAGUUCUGUCUGAGCAUCAGCAAGGGGCGGGAUUAGAAUCUACAUCUGGUUUUGCUUGUAUAGCAAACUCUGCUCUUCAUCUUAUCCUUCGCAAGCUGCUGGACUUCAUUCUUUCUACUGGAGGAGGAUACCAGCGUCUGCGUGCUCACCUCUACGGCUCUUUGCUGUACUACCUUCAAAUUGCCCAGAAACCCGAGGAACCAAACACUUUGCAGACAGCAGGAAAGGCAAUGUGGGAGCGUCUUACAGCCCCUGAAGAUGGCUUUUCCAAACUGCAGCGAGAGAACCUCACCAUCAUCGAGAGCUAUGGCAAGGCACUGAUGGAAGUGGUAUGCAGGGAUGCAUGUGACGGCCAUGAAAUAAGUAGGAUGCUCGCUCUGGCAGUUCUGGACCGAAUCCUGUCUAUUGACCGCCAGAACCAGUGGCUGGUGUACUUUUGCAACAGUGGGUACCUUCGCUCACUAGUAGAGAGCCUGCGGCAGGACGACACAGCUCUGCAGUGCCUGCUCACACCUCAGCCUCCCCUCCUCAAGCCACUCUAUAUCUACGAGAGCAAAAUGGCCCUGCUGACCCGUGUGGCCAAGACCAACCAGGGGGCUGUGGAGCUGCUGCGCAGUGGACUGGUAGCACAGCUGAUUGAGUGUCAGGUGUUUGACAUGGUACCUGAUAGUGAUUCUCACAGGGUAAUGAGGGACCCGUCGGGUUUCAUCCCCAGCCCUAUGGAUCGGUAUAGGCAGAUUCUUCUUCCCACACUGAGGCUCUUCCAAGUGAUCCUGACCUCAACCACUAUGAAUCACCAGCAGGGGGCAGCACAGAUCCUCCAGUGGCUGAUGGUCCAUGCAGACACCAUCCAGGCACUGUUGCGAUGUCCAGAGCUCAGCAUCGGAGCUCUACAGGAACUUUCCCUGCUUUCUGGUAUCAUUAGUAAGACUGCUCUUCCAGGUGCUUUGGAGAUGGGCGGCGAGGUCAACGGUGCGGCUCUGAUGGAGUUUCAAGGCCACAUCAGCAGAUUCCAGCGUCUAUGCCUGCUGUUGCUCGGCCGCCUAGCAGGCAGCGAGUAUGAGAGGUUGAUGAAACAGACGGAGAUGACCUCAGCCGCUGAUUCACAAGAACGACGAGAGGAGAUGGAGGUGGCCAAGCAACAAGUGUGUGCCAACAUUUUGGAGUACUGCCAAAUCCUGCUGCUGCAGAGUUCUGCUCAGGCCCAGUUCAGUAUUUGCCUCUUCAGCCCCAUUGGCAGCGAGCCAGACAGCAGGGAUGGAGGUCGCACAGAUCUCACCUCCACCUUGCCCAACAUGGCGUAUUCACGAACUCCCAGUCUGGGCCUGGUCGUCUACCUGCUGAAGAACAGCAGCGCCGACUUCUUCCGCUUCCACCAGAGUCAUAGGCAGAGUCUCAGCAAGCUGCAAAGUCUAGACCAGCUGCCACCGGAGGAGCUCAAGGAGUUGUGCCAAGGUCUGGUGUCAGGAGCAGGAGGGGUCGAGAAAAUCUCCUCAGUCCAAAGGAGCGUGUUGGCCAAGAGAAGAUUGAUCCAACUAAUCAACAACAGAGCCAAAUUGCUCGCACUGUGCUCAUACAUCAUCGAGACUUGUCUGUUUGUGUUGUGGCGCCACCUGGAGUACUACCUGCUGCACUGCACCCCCACCGACCCAAAGGACUCCCCGCUGCCUGGAGCCAGUUUGUAUCGAUCCCGCCUUGCAGACGACUCUCUAAGUGGCCUUCAGGGAAGAGCUGGCAGAAGUUCCAACUCGCGUGUCACAAAGCAAGAUUUAGAAGUGCUGAAGAGCGACAUGGCCGCCGGUUUUGGAGAAGCUCUGCAGAAGAAGCUCUUGGAGGUGGAAGGCUUGUACAGCCAAGUGCACUCUCGCUACACCUUCAUCCAGGCUCUGGUGCGCAGGAUCCGAGGCCUCCUGAGACAACCCAAAAGCUGAGACCGACAAGACUAAGGCCAGACUGAACAUUAUCACUAUUAAGCAUUUUUUUACAGGAAAAUGAUGGCAAACUUAACCAGUAAAUAUAUUUCUUAUGACACACCAUAACAUCACGAUAAUUAGAUUCCCACAAUAACAUUUCUUUAGUUUACUUCUUUAUCUUGCGCAAAUAAAUGUUUUGUAUACUGUUUGUGGCACACUUUGAUCACUCUAAACUCUCAGGGGACAAGAGCUGACUUUGUUGGCCUUUCAUAAAAAAUGUUGAUGUAUUUUUGCCCAUAAUUACUAAAUGCCACAUGAUUUGUUUUCAUGUUAAUUUUUUAAAUGUCAAUGUCCAAUUCUUUCCCAGUAAUAAUAAUACAUUUUAUUUGGUAAAUCACUUUUCAGAGUAUACUCAAAGACGCUUUACAAGAUAGUAUGAUACAAUGGCCGGUAUUAGACAAUAUCCCAAAGGACAUUAAAAAAAAACAUUAUGGGUUUAUUAUUUUUGCUUAAGUCUCUAAAUCAACUUUUGCCUUAAACAAUAACAAAAAUGCAGUUUUUUUUUAGACCAUUUAAAAGGCCUUUUGAUAAAAUGUCACAGUUUUCCAUUAGUAUACAUUUGCACAACCGUUUGACAUAGUUAAAAAAAGCAAAUAUAUUUGAUAUUUUUGUUAAGAACUGUUUAUUUCAAAAAUAAAAAAAAUAAUCCAAAACAAUUUAACACUUCAAAAACUUAAGGACUUUUAAUUGAUUGAAACUUUUAUUAGUAUAUUGCACAGUUCAGUACAUAUUCCGUACAAUUGACCACUAAAAAGCAACACCCAAAUAAGUUUUUCAACUUGCUUAAUUAAGUCCACGUUAAUCAAUUCAUGGACUUUUACGUCCUGUUAAACUUUGGAAAUAUUUACUGGGGGGGUUUUAUUUACGUUGACUUUUUCUAAUUAAGUAGAUAGAAGAUUUGAGCCAAAGUGUAGAGAGUUUAUUAGGUUGCACUAACACGCCGCACUAGUAGGACAUAAAUAAAAGGCUACAGACCUAAUGUAGCAAUUGAGAGCGCAUAUAAUUAUAAAGUAUAGAUUGGGGGCAUAGCUACGUUGUCCCCCAUUCUGUAGUUGUUGAUCUCUCUCUGGGAGAAAAAACCCCACAGAUUUCGGCCAUUUUGCAAGUUAAGCAUGUAUUCUAUGAAUAAAAGUAGAAUGAUCUUUUUUACUCAGCGACUAAUCACAUGAGCUGCCGGGAGCAAAGGGCGUGGUCAUCCCUUCUCUGACAAAGCCGUUUCUGCGCAUGCGCGUUGUGACCCCAGCACCCGAUUCACUUGGGCGACUACCGGCAACUCCAUUCAGUGAAAGGAGCCGAAGUUUUCUAUCGCCACAGCAAACGACCAAGAAAAGACGCCAAGACGUAGAACGUUAUCCACAUAAAUAAUAUUUAAUGUAGUUUACACUUUAAAGACCGUAAAGUGCGUUGGCGAGGAAAAACAAAUGUUGGCUGUACAUUCAAAAGCUAAUUGUGCUCUUUUUGUUUGAUUCCAAUUGAAUACUGAGGAGGGGCCGGAGGACACAGUCCAGCCCCUCCAAUGAAUGUCUCCCUGCAGACAAUGCGGAUUGAAAAAAAAACCUUUUGGGGGAACAAACAUUUGUGCUACUUUCAACAGCUCAUGCUCAUCAUCUAUAAAUUACUUUAAAUAAUACAAUUACUUACAGCAUUAAUAAUACAAAAAUCACAUUUACAUUUCUUGCACCAGCUUGUUAGGAUUGUGUCCGUGCACCAAAACAAGAAAGACCUUUUAGUCCUUCCUGAUGGCGAUCAUCACAGCUGCUGCUUUUGUCACCAACCCACACCCAUAUGCUGGUCUUCAUCAGUUACUGUGCUGACCGCCAUAAAAAACAAGCUUUUCUUCCUGCCACUCACACUCACGCAUACAAAAGUGUGGGUCGCCUUACAUUCGGGUCUGUACAGUAUUAGACAUACUUGGGCUCCAAUAAGUUGAAAGAAAGUUAAUUCCAGCAACUGUAGGAUCCAGUGAUUGUUUUGAGUACACUUAAUUCGAUUUUUUAAUAUCCAUUGAAUAUGUUUGGACACAUCUCCUCAUUUAAGUGUGCCCAAACUUUGGAUUGCUAUUGUUGAGAGUGAGAGAAGACAGCUGUGGAAUAAGAAAAGAGAAUACUGUAAAUAAAAGUGAUGAAACCUUUAGAAAUACUGUACACAUGUUGACUGUACAAGUAGUUAGAGGGUGCAGGCUGAAGAGGGCUCUGUCCGGUAAU